AUGGAUUUUGCUUGUCCAGGGGUGUCUGGGGCCUCUUCGGAAACACCUGCUAGUUUGGACACCUCGACUGCGACGGGCCGGACUCCUGUGCACAUUGGCUCGCUCCAUCGUGAUCUCCAACGACUCGGGGUAGGCCAAGAUCAGGUCUGGGCUAUGAGAAAGGCAGCAGAACGCACCUUGUCGGGGCCCAGUCGCUCGCAGCAACUUCUGGCAGCCAAGAAGCAGUUUGUGGCUCUUCAGGGCUUGUUGCAUCAUGGGCACUACCUUCGACGUCUUGACCUUCAACGCUCGGCUUCCAAGCCAGGCACCGGUGCUCAGUGGGGUUGUCGUGUCUGCUUCAGGACCUGGGGCAGUUUCUCAGCCCUCAAAACGCACCUCGAGAACAAAGGCACAUGUGAUGGAGCGGGUCAUCGGGAAACUCACCUUCGGUCUCUUGCUUGGCGGGAGAAGUGGCAAUGGGCCACCAAGUGGGAACGACAAGUUUUCCGCGAAGGCCUGGGCAUGACCAAGGCCGAGGCUAGACGGCUCAGCCAACGACUGGUGUGGACAUCCUCGCCUCGAUCCUUUGUUCGGGGAGGACGGCGAGCAGGCAGCUGCACACGUAAGACCACCUCGAGCUCUUCGGACAGACCUGCCAUGGGGACCACACGGCGACGGGCAGACCGGUUUUCGACAUCAGCUGCUGGGCCCUAUGAGUGGCCAUGCACACUUUGCAGUGCAGUUUUCGUUGCUGACAGCAAGCCGUCUUUGGGCAGGCAGCGGGACAACCACAUUACGAGAUUUCAUAGAGGAGCCGACCGCAGCCUCUUCACGACCAUCAACGGGACUAUGGGAGCAUGCCGGAGAUACCGGGUGGGGACAGGCUGCCGUCGAGAUCGGUCUGGCCAUUGGCUUUGGACCUGCGAUGUGUGUCAAAAUACGCUUAAAGGUGCUUCUCAGACUUUUUUGCGAGGACUUCGUUACCACCACAUCCAGACGGUUCACCCCGGCGCCUGUGGCAGCGAAUUCAAGACCAUCCACGGGAACCCUGGAAGGCGCACGCAGUUCGAGGAGAACGGUCAGCUUCGGAAUCUCUUGCUUGAGGACCCGGCCAAACGGCGCGCCUUUGCUGACGAUCGGAAAAGCCAAGUUGUUCGGGAGGGCGUGGAAAGGCAUCCUGGUCCCUCUUCUUCCGGGGCUGCGAGUGGCGACCUCUCUCUUGACCAUUGCUUGCUGGAGGACCCAGGGAAACUGCAUGCAUACCGUGAUGAUCGGAAAGACCAGCUGGUUCGCGAAGGCAUUGAAAGGCAGCCGGGACCUGGGGAAGUCGUGCACAAGGACUUCCGGGCUCGCCUUUUCUCGUGCAACGCCAACGGCUAUGCUAAUAGCUAUCAGGCUCUUGACCUGGCUGCGGAUAAGAAGCCCCACUUCAUCAUGCUGCAAGAGGUGAACUCGGACGGUCCGCGAGGGCAAAAACUCAUCGCUCACUGCCAUCGGCUGGGAUAUCGGGCUUGGGUGGCACUUCGGCCCUCCACGGGCAGUGUCACUUACGGCGGCAUCCUGAUUGCUGCCCGCCGCGACGUGAGGUGCCAUUUCGUCACCAAAGAGGUCGGGAAUACCUUCGAGGCCAUAGCACUUGACGCUGAGGGCUUCUUCUUGACUGCGGUCUGGCAACGGCCGGGCACUACUUCAGACAGCUCCUUUGCAACGUGGUGCGGCCCACUUCUUGCGGCAGCCACGCGCCGGCAGGCGCUCUGGCUCUGCAUGGGGGACUUCAAUGAGGAGCCCGACUCGCAUCCUAUGCUGGGUUCUCCGGACGGUUGUGACUUCCAAGCUCCAAGGAGUGAUGGAGGGCAGCUCAUCCCCACUAGGUGGCAAGGUGAUCGUUGCAUCGACUGGCUCAUGGUGUCGGAGCACGGCAUCCAAAGCAGCGUUUGGACGGACGAGGCCUUCAUUAGCGACCAUAAGGCGAUCUGGGCCGAUGUGACGGUCCCGUGUGGAUUGCAUCGUGCUCGGGAGUAUCAGGUUGCCAUUCGCUUCCAACGGCCUUUGGAGGUAGCUGAGAGCUCCUGGAAAAAGGCUUUAGCUCAAGCUCUCCAGGGAUUCGAGGACCGCGACUUGGGCAACGCUGAGGCGGAGUGGAACUACCUGAACCAGGAGCUCGAGCAAGGUUUCGGCAAAGCGUACCAGUCCUUGGGCUGCUCGCCUCCGGAAGGACGGCGUGCCAGGCGAAAGGGCACUGAAGUUCAGUGGUUUGCUGAAGGAGCUGCGUCCAAGCGUUGGGACAAACGAGGCUCUUUUCUGCAAAGGCGGCUCGCGAAGUGGCUUGGACGUGCCAAGGAGGCCCAGCGCCAACGCGCACUCGGUCGUGUUAACCACGGCUUGGAAGGACGGCUCCUGGAUAGCUGGCCCAAAGAAGUUCCGCGAGUGAUGGGCUCCGACGGCUUCUUGUCAUUGGACCGGGCGGUGGAACAAUGCGGCCUGGCUUUGGAGGAGGAGCGCCGACGGCAGCGUGACACUUCACUUCGUCGAUGGCACGCUGACAUGGCUCAAGAAGGCAAAGCAGCAUCCAAAUGGCUGAAAAACCGUCCUUUCCUCUCCGCGCAAGGUGUGGUCACUGAGGACGCCGAGGGCCAUGUGCACCGCACCUUUGACGUCAUGGAGGCCUUCGACAUCCUGCUCGGCAAGUGGCGUGAGAUCUGGAGGAGAGACGACACGGUUCCCGAGAUGGAUCAGGCGGAGGAUGGUGUGCUGGCUAGGCCGGGUCGGGCCCCUUCACAGAACUGGCAGCUUCGGGCAUCUGACCUUUAUGCCUCUGCGCAACGCCGCAAAGGCUGCUCCGGAUCCUUUGAUGGCUGGGAGGGGGACGAGCUCGCGAUGCUUCCUCUUGCUUUCUGGGAACAGUUUCUGCCGAUGCUGAACAGGUGGACGCGGAGGGGUCACUUCCCUCGGGCUAUGCAGUGUUACAGACAGGUCUUCAUCCCGAAAGGCAACCUCAACGAGGGUGACACGAACCCCUCUGACCUGCGACCGAUCUCGAUUGGCUGCUGCUUUAGUCGGAUCAUCAGCGGCGCCAUGCUUCAACAUUCUGGUUGCCAAGCAUGGAUCAGUCAGAUUGUUCCUGACCAGAUGCACGGUGCCAUGACUGGGCGCAGCAUUGAGGCCGGGAUUGUCGACCUUCUCGAGCUCUGGAAGCACGACGACAGUGUCUUGCUUUCGCUUGACAUGGCUAAGGGAUUCGACUACGCCAACGUGGAGCAUAGCUUGGCCGUUCUCCAGCACUACGGUUUCUGUGGCGCUUGGCUCACCUACCUCAAGGCAGUUUGGAAAAGUCAGAGACGCCACUCCCAGCUGGGACCCUACGUCACUGAAGAACCAGAGAUCGUUAGGAGAAGUCUGCCUCAGGGCGAUCCGCUGGCGCCUCUGGCCUUUUGCCUCCUGCUUCAACAGGAGUGGGAAUCAUGGUGCCGUUUCCUGGGCUUGCGGGAGAACUCAGGGAAGGUCGCUUUCGUUGCCCGUGCUCUCAGGGAUCAGAAGCAACUUCAGGAGCUCGUGGAGGAUCCUUCGCGUGGCCGUCACUUCACGCUGGAGAGCAGAAGAACUAGAGCCUGCGAAGUCCUUCAACGGCUCACUCGUACACCUCUUGCCCUGAAGCUUAAGGAGCGGCUCUUUGUGUCCCGCUGUGUUUCAGUCGGCGCCUGGGGACUUUGGCUCAAGGGCUUUCGCAACUCCUACGACUUUGGCUCCAAGGUCAAGAGCCUCUUGGAGGGCCAUCGAUCGGCCUCGCGAGAUCUUUGGGAAUUGCUCCAAGGACAUGUGGUCAACUUAGGCUUCGUCGGGCUCACUCGCAGCCUGGCAGCCUUGGCUCGUGGGUUGGCUUACUGGCAGCUCCGAGGGCGACCUCUUUCAGGCGGGAUGUGGGCCGACACGGCUGGGGCCUCCCUUGAAGACCUCGGCUUCUCCUACACACGAGGCCGCUGGAGACACCUUCAGGCUGGUUCCUUUGAGUGGCCGGAGGCCUGGAGAGCACAACGUUGGGAUCGAUUCCGGAUGGCUUCGAGGCGGGACUCGGCAAGCAUGCAGCACCUGCAGUUUGACGCCUUGCUGGUCAAACGUGCUUGUCAGGCCUUUGGCAAGGCGAACGCAGAUGGGAGGGCUGUGCUUUCUGGAGGAGCCCAUUCCAUUGCCGCCUAUCACGCGAUUCAGGGACAGGACCCGGCUGAAGUCGACCGUUGUCCCUACUGCAAUGAGGCCGGCAUGCCUCAUUGGGAGCACUUGGCUUGGGAUUGCAGUUUUUUUGCCAACGGCAGACCUGCUUGCCCUGCCGAUGAACGCGCGGCCCGCCUCGGCUGGCCAGUGACUGGUGACCCGCAUGUCGAUGGUAUUCGACUUCGGCACCUUUGCUUUGUCAGGGAUCGUGUUCGGCGUGACUUCGGCCGCCUGAGGAUUGUGCCGGGGAGCUCUACGGAGCUCUGA